AUGACGGUUUCACAAACAGUCUGCGAACAGCCGGAAGCUGAGGCAUACCCCGGACGACUUGCUAUUUCGGCGCAAGACUACCCAGGUAUAGAUGCAGAGUGGGUUCGGCUUUGGAAUGAUCAUGGCGGCUCCAUGGUGAGAGCCGACGAAGUCAGUAUUGAAGAGUAUCGGAAAAGCCCGGGGAAGUACAGCUUCACUUAUCCGACAUGUGCUGGACCUGAAGUAUUUCAUGUUGAAGACCGCAAGAUCCCCGUAACCAGGCCCUUUGGCAAGAUCACCGUUCGUGUCUACUCGCCUGAAGGCCCUGGUCCUUUCCCCGUACAUCUCAACUUUCACGGAGGCGGUUGGGUUCUUGGUGGGCUUCAGAGCGAGGCUGCAUGGUGCCGACACAUGUGUAACAAAGCAAACAUAAAAGUCAUUGAUGUCGACUACCGUAUGGGACCUGAGCACAAAUUUCCCACUGCGAUUUACGAUUGCUGGGAUGCUGUUAAAUGGGCUAUCGGCAACUCUCAAGCUCUGAACAUCGACUCCACCAGCAUCUCGUUUGGCGGGCUGUCGGCCGGUGGUCAAAUGUCUGCUGUUCUUGCUCAUUUUGCAAGAGACGAGAACAUUCCGAUAAAGUUGCAUCUCAUGAUUGUUCCAGCGACCGACAUGCGAUAUUGCAGCCGGAAGAUCAAACAGCUCAAUGAAGCCAACUGUCCGUAUGAAAGUGCUCGACAAUUUCACAGUCUCCCUUGGGGGCCACUGGGGAGAGAACAAUGGUUCUUGAAAUAUUGGCUUGGAGACGAUGAUGAUGAACAAGAAACAUGUUUGAAUGAGUGGAUCUUGACGCCCGUCUUGGCGCCAAACUUCAGCGAUCUACCACCAGCUCACAUCGUAACAGCAGAGUUCGACCUUGAGCGGGACGAGGGGGAGUAUUACGGGAGACUGCUCAAAGAAGGUGGUAAUCAAGUCACCCAGAAGCGAUAUGCAGGUGUACCUCACGCGUUUGCACACUAUAACCACCCAGAAAGAGGCCUGACCAAGAGCUUCGAGUUUAUCGCUGACACGGCUCUUUUGCUCAGAAAAGCGCACUGCUGUAACUAA